AUGGAACGCAUAAUGUUAGGCAUUCUCCUUCGAGAUCGAAAGCGAAACACCUGGAUUCGUCAAGAAACUGGCGCAAGCGAUAUCAUCAACGCUAUCAGGAAAGCAAAGCAUAGAUGGGCAGGGGUGGAUCCAGGAUUUUUUUUAGGAGGGGGUGCACUCGUCUCUUGCUCUACGUCAACACCAAUAAACCACAUAGUUUUCUUUUUUUUCGCAGAAUACCAGUUGUAUUAGAAAACCGCAGGUCAUCUCGGGGAAGGGGGGGGGGCACCCCUGCACCCUAGAUCCGCCCCUGAUGGGCAGGUCACAUUGCCCGGCUAUCUGAUAACCGUUGGACCAUCAGAGCAACAGAGUGGACCCCUAAAGAAUGGACCAGCAAACAGGGUCGCCCAAAAACAAGAUGGAGAAACGAUCUCACAGGACAGUUUGGACCUGUAGGGUUAAGAUUAGCCAAGCACUGCAGACACCUGUGGGAUCAAUCCAGGGAGGAGUUCCUCUGUCAAGAGUCAAUACAAACCAGACAAACCCUGAUGAUGACGAUGAACGGUUCAUACGAGACCACCUCCGGCGAUUGUACACGCUGGUCGGUUUGUACAAAAGGCUGUAGCCCGCGAAAACACCUGUUUCACGGCCUCGCUCUUCGCCGCUGGGGACGUUUCGCGCGGAGGACGAAGAGCGAGGCGAAACUGAUGUUUUGGCAGGCAAAAAAGGCUGGAAAGUAUCGUUCCAUUGUCAUCAUGAAAUGAAUUAAAAUGGCUGACCGAACACUUGCGGUUUUCUGUUUCAGAUACAAAAUACCAGCUGCGAAAGUUCUGGCAAGCGUAGAAAGCAAAAUUUCGAGAUUUGGGUUCAAGGAUGGCAAAGGAAACAACUGACCAUGUACCACUGAUUAUUCAGGCUGUACAGUAGCUUGGACAUCAUGACACGUACAGCCUGUUUAAGCCCAUUUCAAAUACCAUUUUACACAAUGAACCUCCAUACCAAAACACAAAAUGAAGGAAUUAAUGUACAAUUUCAAGUACAUUUUUGUUUUGAUUAAAGAAUCUCACUGGAAUCCAUUUGAGUUGUGAAAUCUAGAAUCAUCAGCUUUGGAGUCCGGGAUACAGCUCAAGGAAUCUGGAAUCCCACUAACUACAGUUGACUCCUGAUAACUUGAACCCUCACCAACUGGAACCUCACGAUAACUCGAACGAACGAUUUCCUUCAUACACUUACAAUAAUUUCACUCUCGAUAACUCAACCCUCCCGCUAACUCGGAGGUAAUUUUUGUUUCCCUUCAGAUGAUUUCUAUAUUUAUACGACUACAUGGGAAAUUUCUGCAAUUUGAUUGGCUUAGAGCAGUGGUAUUUCAGCUUAUUUUGAAAUACCUCCAUUGAAAAUUACAAACCCUUUGCGGGUAGUAGUAUACACAAACAAUAACAUAAUUUGUACGUGAUAUUUGGCAUAGAUACCACUCGUGAUAUUUCAAAAUUGUCUACAAUUUAACUCGCCUAAAGGCUCGUGAAAUUACGUAAAACAAUUUCAAAAUAUCACUCGUGGUAUUUAUGUCAAACAUCACUACAAAUCAUGCUAUUACCUAUACACAUUUGCCUUCAAUAACUCGAACCAUGCUUCAAGCGCCUGACAAGACACGUAGUCUUUGUCUUUAAUUUUUUCAGUUCAAUUUAACCCUUUAAACCCUGGGAUCAAAAUUUGAAUUCUCAUUUGUUGCCCCUAUUCAUUUCCUACAGAAGUAGUGGGGAGAAGUUGAUAAAAUAUCAAGCAAAUUCUUCUCAUGUGAACAUGUCCGUAAUUCUCACGACCACUCUGUUUUACAAGCAUUGCUAUUACAAAAAGAAAUUUGAUGCUGAUCACUCUUAGGGCUUAAAGGGUUAAAUACAGUGUCCAACACUGUGUAUAUAUCAGACUUUGAAGUGUUCAUGUUACUUGCACCCACUGUCCACCCCAUUUCUGGCUAUUUGCUUCGAAAUGCCCAUAACUCCAACCUUAUUUUCAAUUUCCCUUGAAGGUUCGAGUUAUCGGGAGUCGACUGCAUUGGAAUCUGGGAUCCAAGGUCCACUGA